AUGGUCUCGCAAUGGUUUGCAGUAUUGAUGUUACUUCCAUUCUUACAAUUGGCUUUUACUCGUGUUAUCGGUCUCAAUGAGCAUUUUGACGGCGAAGAUGUCAAAGAAGAUCGAUUUGGAAUCGCCACCUCCUACGUCUAUCGAUUGACAAAUAAAUAUUUAGGUCCGGAUCUUACGUUUGUAUCAAUCGUUGGUUACAUGGAAGACGGCGUCAAAAUGGAUUCUAUCCAUGACUACGGUACUGAAUACUGGCGUUUUAUUCGUUUGGGUGACAAUAAAUACAGAAUACUAAAUUUUGUUGACGAUAGCACGGCCCUUGAUAUCCAUAACGAUAAAAUGAGAAACAAAGUACAUAUGAGCAAAAUAGGUGAUUUCUCAGGACAAUAUUGGCAUCUGACACAUUUGAAAGAUGGAUCAUUUAGAUUAAGCAACGACUUUUCAGGCAGAAACAUGGCCUUGGAUGUUGUAGGUCGUACUCAUAACCUUACAAUGUCUACUACCGCUGUUGAUUAUCUUGGCCAACAUUGGAUUUUUACAAAGGCUGGAAAGUAUCUUAAAGAUUAA